UUAUGAUGGCUUGUAUAAAGCUCUCGAGAAGGUGAUAGAAGACAUGGCUUUUAUCGAAAAGGAGGCCAAGCAAAUUCAACUGAGAGUUGGAGUCCAACAUCAGCUGCACACAAACUCAACACCUUCGGAUUCCUCGAGAUCUUCUUCGAUCCCGCAGCAGAGUAUCAUGGUGGGUGCUGGUGAUGUCAAGCUUCAAAUGAUGGAUAUGCUCACUUCUGAUCGCCUUCAUCUACAGAUCAUUCCCAUUGUAGGGAUGGGCGGCUCUGUCCGAGAUGAAAAUGGUGUCAAUAUAAUGUGUGGGAUAAGCUACUAUGUGGUGUGGUGUUCGAAGGAAAGCUGGAGCUUGGGAUGAUGAAUUGGAAUAUUUAGAAAGACAAUGAGUUUCGAAGACGGGGAAGCAGCUUAUGUAUACAUAGACUGUUGGUGACAACAAUUGUCUAUCAUAUAUGGAGAUAAAGGAAUGAACGAAGAUUUAAUGGCAAGGCUUCCCAUGCAGAUAGUAUAGUUAGACAAUGUCAGUUGAUGAUGGUGGUGAAAGGAGAGUUGAACCCUAAAGUUCAUAAAAUGUUUGUGAACUAGCGUUUGUUUCUAUGUUUUCUUGUUGUAAGUGGUGGUUUGACAUGCUUUUGGUAAAUAAUAUUUCCC